AACGAGGCGAGAUGAAGGAUAAAUCUGGGAAUUCGUAGCGGCCUUUGGGCCUGCAAGUGAGCGAGUUGAUACGCGACCAUGCUCUAGUGGCUGUCAAUCUUCCGCACUUGAGAUCAACAUACCCACACAUGUACACCGUCGCGAUGGAGUGGGUCAAGGAGCAGUACAAGAAGCUGUACGACAUAUGGGUUCCCUGGCUCGAGGAUCUCUACCUCCGCUACUUCACGCGCGACAACAAGGCGAGCUACACCACGCGCGAGAACCUUAACAAAGCCAAAAUCACCAACGUCUCCCGGAUCGACGCCCUCCAGGAUGGCGUGCACGGCCUCGCCGCCGACCAGCUGGGGCAGGGCGGACUGGCCGGCCCCGUCGGGGACCUUGCCUCGCGCGAGGGCGUCAACAGGGUUGAGCGCAGGGGGAAGGACGAAAGAGGCGAGUAUGUCCCCCAGCAACUUGCGGGCGGCGAAGGCACGGCAGCAGCUUCUGCCGGCGGAGUGGGCCAGGCGGUUGCGGGCGCGGGGAACGCGCUCGUCGGAGCCGUCGCGGGCGGGCAGCAGGCUGCUGGGGCUGUGAAGCAGGGAGCGGAGAAGGCGGGGGACUGGCUGGGGUUUGGGAAGGGGAUGGAGUGAGGAUGGGAAGUGAGUGAGAGGUGGCACGGUUAGCAUGACGCGAGUGAGGAAGAUGGCUGGAUGCGGUUUUGAUUUUUGGGAUGGAAUGGCGAAGGCAAUUGGUUAUGAGUGCUGCGAAAACAUCCCCGGCUCGUUGUUUCACUCGAGAUUGGAGCCGAAAUGACCAUUUGUCCAUGUCGUCAGUGUC